AUGUGCGGAAUCUUUGGAUAUGUCAAUUUUCUAGUACCAAAGACGCGGGGUGAAAUCAUCAACACCCUCCGGGAGGGCCUGCAGCGUCAGGAGUAUCGUGGCUACGACUCUGCCGGGUUGGCUAUUGAUGGCGACCACGAGGACGAGGUGCUCAUCUACCGUCAGGUCGGCAAGGUCAAGGAGCUGCGAAAGCUCAUUGACGAGCAGAAGAACCUGAAUUUGGACGCGGUUUUCAACGCCCACGCCGGCAUCGCCCACACCCGUUGGGCAACCCACGGUGAGCCCGCAACCAGAAACUGCCACCCGCAAGUCUCUGACCCCAAACACCAGUUCUCGAUUGUGCACAACGGUAUCAUCACCAACUACAAGGAGCUGAAGCAGUUCCUGAGCUCCAAGGGCCGCACCUUCACCAGCGACACCGAUACCGAGUGUAUUGCCCAGCUCUUCAAGUACCUCUACGACGAGAAUACCAAGGCUGGUGCCCACCUGGAUUUCAGCCAGCUGGCCAAGCUUGUUCUGCGUGAGCUUGAGGGUGCGUACGGCUUGCUGGUUAAGUCGGUUCACUAUCCUGCCGAGGUAGUUGCCUCUCGCAAAGGAUCUCCUCUGUUAAUUGGUGUCAAGACCGAUAAGAAGCUCAAGGUCGACUUUGUUGAUGUUGAGUUCCAAGACACUAGUAUGGACGUUAAUGGCCUGAUGGGCCCCCCCACUGGCGACAGCCUCCGCCAUUCGCAAUCUCGCGCUUUCCUGUCCGAGGACGGCCCUAUUCCUACCGAGUUCUUUAUUGCCAGUGAUCCCGCCGCUGUUGUGGAGCACACUCGCAAGGUCUUGUUUUUAGAGGACGACGACAUUGCUCAUGUUUGCGAUGGCGAGCUGCACAUCCACCGGGCUACCCACACCACCGGCGAAUCUACUAUCCGUCAGAUCCAGACAUUGGAGAUGGAGCUUGCUCAGAUCAUGAAGGGCAAGUUCGAGCAUUUCAUGUUGAAGGAGAUCUACGAGCAGCCUGACUCUAUUUUCAACACCAUGCGUGGUCGGGUUGAUUUCGAGAACUUUACCAUUAACCUUGGCGGAUUGCGCUCGUCGCUGACCACCAUUCGCCGCUGCCGUCGUAUUAUCAUGAUUGCCUGUGGUACAUCUUAUCACUCUUGCAUGGCCACCCGUCAGAUCUUUGAGGAGCUCACUGAGAUCCCCAUCAGUGUUGAGCUGGCUUCAGACUUUUUGGAUCGCAAAUCCCCUGUGUUCCGUGACGACGUUUGCGUCUUUGUUUCUCAGUCAGGUGAAACAGCCGACUCUAUGCUGGCUUUGCAGUACUGCAAUGAGCGCGGUGCUUUGACUGUUGGUAUUGUCAACUCUGUUGGCUCUUCUAUCUCCCGUAUGACCCACUGCGGUGUGCACAUCAACGCUGGUCCUGAGAUCGGUGUGGCUUCGACCAAGGCAUAUACGUCGCAAUACGUUGCACUGGUUAUGAUGGCGCUGUCUCUUUCUGACGAUCGCAUUUCGAAGAAGGAGCGCCGCAAAGAGAUCAUUAUGGGUCUUUCUAGACUGUCCAAGCAAAUCGAGGAGGUUCUCGCGCUCAACGACAAGAUCCAUGAGAUGUGCGACACCAUUCUGGCUGACCAGAAGUCACUGCUUCUGCUAGGCCGCGGCUUUCAGCAUGCGACUGCUCUCGAAGGUGCGCUCAAGAUCAAGGAGAUUUCAUACAUGCACUCUGAGGGUGUUCUUGCUGGCGAGCUCAAGCAUGGUGUUCUUGCCCUUGUCGAUGACAAGUUGCCUAUUAUUGUUCUUGCAACCCGCGACUCGCUCUUCCCCAAGGUCAUGUCUUCGGUGCAGCAGGUCGUCGCCCGCUCGGGUAACCCGAUUAUUAUUUGCAACGAGGGUGACGCCAACAAGUUCGACCCCAAGUACCAGACCAUUGAGAUCCCUUCGACCGUCGACUGUCUGCAGGGCGUGUUGAACGUCAUCCCUCUGCAACUAAUGAGCUACUGGCUGGCUCUUCGCAAGGGCGUUGAUGUCGAUUUCCCUCGUAAUCUCGCCAAGUCAGUGACCGUUGAGUAA